GGAGCAUUUCAUUGUUUAAAUUCGGGACAUCCUGUGCAUAUUUAUGUAUACAUUACCUUUUUAUUUUAUUUUAUAGGAGGUACUGGUUUUCUUGGAAAGGUCUUGAUUGAGAAGCUAUUACGAAGUUGCUCCGAUAUUACUACAAUAUAUCUGCUCAUACGUUCGAAAAAAGACAAAUGCCCCGAAAGUCGACUGGACGAAAUAUUUCAGAAACCUCUUUAUGACCAACUGAAAAGGGAAGUACCCGACUUCCGCAAAAAAAUUGUGCCGAUUAAUGGAGAUCUUAAAUCGGAAGACUUCGGAUUGUCAAAAAGUGACAAAAAGAUACUGAUAAAUGAGGUGUCCAUAAUUUUUCACAUAGCAGCGGAUAUACGGUUUGACCAGAACAUCAAAAUUUCUACGCAAAUAAACAUUAACGGUGCUAUUACCAUUUUAAAAUUUGCAAAACACAUGCCAAAUUUAAAGUCAUUUAUUCACGUGUCAACAAUGUAUGCAAACUAUCAUGUGGAUCAUAUCGAAGAACGAUUCUAUUCAUACCGUAUUAAUUACAAAGAACUUAUUAUGUUUACACGUAACUUAUCCGAAAACGAACUCGAGAAGAAGAUAUCUAG